GAUUCCUGUCACUUCUCAGAAUCCCUCCGUGGUGGCAAUGGCUCUGCCGCCCUUCUUCACCCCAGGUCGCCCAGGCCCGGCGCCCCCGCAGCCGCCGGCCCCCGCUCCCUUCGGCUGUCCGCCACCGCCGCUACCCUCUCCGGCUUUCCCACCGCCUCUUCCCCAGCGGCCCGGCCCCUUUCUUGGGGCCUCCGCCCCCUUCCUCCAGCCCCCGCUGGCUCUGCAGCCCCGGGCCCCCGGGGAAUCCUCCCGCGGGGGCGGGGGCGGCGGCGGCGGCGGCUCCUUCUACCAGGUGCCGCCACCGCCGCUGCCUCCCCCGCCGCCCCAGUGCCGGCCCUUCCUAGGGAACGACGCCGGUGAGCGCCCGCGGCCGCCGCCUCCAGGUCCGGGGCCUCCCUGGAGCCCGCGCUGGCCUGAAGCACCGCCGCCGUCCGAAGUGCUCGGGGACGCGGCCCUGCAGCGCCUGCGCGACCGGCAGUGGCUAGAGGCGGUGUUCGGAGCCCCGCGGCGGGCCGGCUGCCCGGUGCCCUCGCGCGCGCCUGCCUGCCCCAGCCUGGGCGAGGUGCGGGCCCGGUUGCGCGGAUCCCUGCGCCUGGUGCGGCGGCUGCGCGACCUGGGCCAUGCGCUGCGCGAGGCCGAGGCUGACGGCAUGGCCUGGGCACAGCUGCAUGCGGAGGCACAGCCGCUGCGCGCCGAGCUGGCCGAGCGACUUCAGCUCCUGACCCAGGCAGCCUAUGUGGGCGAGGCGCGGCGCAGGCUGGAGAGGGUCCGGCGCCGCCGGCUGCGGCUUCGCGAGAGGGCCCGGGAACGCGAGGCCGAGCUGGAGGCGGAGGCCACGCGGGCAGCGGAGCGCGAGCAGGAGAUUGACCGCUGGAGGGUCAAGUGCGUGCAGGAGGUGGAGGAGAAGAAGCGGGAGCAGGAACUUAAGGCUGCUGCUGAUGGUGUCCUAUCUGAAGUGAGGAAAAAACAAGCAGACACCAAAAGAAUGGUGGACAUUCUUCGGGCCUUGGAGAAAUUGAGGAAACUCAGGAAAGAGGCUGCAGCAAGGAAAGGGGUCUGUCCUCCAGCCUCAGCAGAUGAGACCUUUGAGCAUCACCUUCAGCGACUGAGAAAACUCAUUAAAAAACGCUCUGAAUUAUAUGAAGCUGAAGAGAGAGCCCUCAGAGUUAUGUUGGAAGGAGAACAAGAGGAAGAGAGGAAAAGAGAAUUAGAGAAGAAACAGAGGAAAGAAAAAGAGAAAUUUUUACUACAGAAGCGUGAAAUUGAGUCCAAGUUAUUUGGGGAUCCAGAUGAGUUCCCACUUGCUCACCUCUUGCAGCCUUUCCGGCAGUAUUACCUCCAAGCUGAGCACUCCCUGCCAGCGCUCAUCCAGAUAAGGCAUGAUUGGGAUCAGUACCUGGUGCCAUCUGAUCAUCGCAAAGGCAACUACGUUCCCCAAGGAUGGGUUCUUCCCCCGCUCCCCAGCAACGACAUCUGGGCAACCGCCAUUAAGCUGCAUUAGUAAAGAUGCUCCAGGAGUGUCGUCCAGCGAAGGCUCUUUCCAGCUCUAAGUAUUAGUGACGCUGCCAUCUUCUUGUACUGUAGUCUAAAUCACAACCUCUAAACUCCAUGUGGCAUUGCCCUACCCAGAAGUUACAUUUUCCUUCUGUCCUCUGUCCUGGCCAAGGUGCCUCUUGAAUCAGGAGUUUAAUAUGGUUCUUCAGGAAAGGACCUAGGUGAACUGAGGUUUUUAUGACAGGCAGUGGCCUUGGUUCAUGAAAUUCGCCUCUGUUUUGAGGGGCUUGGUCCAGAGUGAUUUUUAAGUUUACUCUUAUCUUUCUUGUGUGGUGAUGGAUAAGUAUAUGCUAUACACUCAUACCCUCGACACAGGUGUACACUGGGUAGAUUUAGCAGUCCAUCUCCCAGUACUCCUUGUUAAGGCAAGCUUGAUGCAAAACCUCCUUACCUUUCUUACCCAGAGAGCCUCCUAACUUCCAGGAAGAAAAGUCAGAAAUGCCUUAUCUUCAGUUUUGUGAAUCCCACUUUUGGUGCAGCUGGAGAGGCUGGGCUGCCAGAAAAGCUGGUGGCCUUGUCUGGUAGUCAAGUGGAGAACUUGGAAAGCCUGAAGAGUACCUGUACCCAAACUGGAUUGUGUUUUAAUGGAUGAUGGCUGCAUUUUCCCCAUAUUAGAAGGAUCCUAAGGAAAGCACCUGCUUUUUAAGUUCCUAGAGGUCUGGUUGUUCAGAAUCCACAAGGAUAAAAAUUAAUUUCCUUAUGGGAGUUGGACCUUGAUUAACCUCACUCAGUCACAUUGUGGGAGCCGGUAUAGUGGAAAUUGUGGAAUUUUCUUAGGAACUCAAGCUUCCAAAAAUAUACAUGUAGUUUAAGCUGGGGGAAAAGCAGAUAAAAAUAAUAAAAUUUAUUUUUUUAUACUCAUUAAUAAAUGCUGUUGUACCUGGAGAUGAUCAAUCAUAUAACAUGUCAGGUUUUUGUUUUGUUUUCCUUUUUGUCAUUUAUUGUGUUAUUUAUAUUUCCAAAAAGCUAAAUAAAUACCAUUUUUAUUUUUUAGUUUGAGCCUUUGCCCCCAUUUUGUUGCCUCCCAAAUCACUACACACUCUUUCACAUUGAUGAAAGACAUUUACUGCAAAGUUCAAACUUAUUAACUAGGCAUUUGCUACCGGAAGGUGAAUCUCAAGCACCAAACUUUUUUUUUUUUUUUUUUUUGCGGUACGCGGGCCUCUCACUGUUGUGGCCUCUCCCAUUGUGGAGCACAGGCUCCGGACGCGCAGGCUCAGCGGCCAUGGCUUACUGGCCCAGCCACUCCGUAGCAUGUGGGAUCUUCCUGGAUUUGGGCACGAACCCGUGUCCCCUGCAUCGGCAGGCGGACUCGCAACCACUGCACCACCAGGGAAGCCCAAGCACCAAACUUUUUUUGCGGUAUCCAACUCUGGAUAAGCAGGAAAGGACAUCUCAACUUUGGAAGUGAUUUCAUGUACUUGGAAGCUCUUGGGUACAAGGUGCUAACACAUUUGUCCCUUUUUUGUUGUUUCAUUUGCACUCUUAAGUUUAUAUAUUAUGCAUUACAGAGUUAACAGGGUAUGAGGGCCAGCACUCCUCUAAAGUGUUUCUAAGCUCAUAAGCCUCAGAAUCUGAUGUGAUUAGCCUCACAUAACCCCGUAGGCCUGUGUGCCCUUUUGUUAUAAAUCUCCACCAUUUUCUGAUGAGAUGCAGGAAGAGUAGAAAUAGAAGAUGAAUUGUACAAUGUAUGUUUGGUGUCCAGACAGCCUUGCCACUAAGAUACCUGCAUUGAUGGGGUUAGGGAGUGUGGAGCAGGGACUCAGGAAAACUCAGGCAGCAGAAUCCAAGGAAAAGAAAGCAUUUAACCUCAGGUGGAAAAAACCAUUUCCUCUUCCCUCUCAUUCAGCUUCUGCAAAGUUUUAAUAAA